UCUUCAUCACACUCUUUCCUUCUACCACAUUUCUUUCAUCUAACAAACUUAAGCUUUGCAAAAUCGAAUCAUGUCUUUGUUAACUAUGGGCGAUGAACACAGAGGCACAAUCGAGAAUAUCUCGACAUUUGAUCCGAAGCGGUUUAGAUGUCGUGUACAUGAAUAUGUACCCCACGAUCCUUUAAUAGAACCAUAUAUUAGAGGAUGUGGAUUUGGAAAUCUCCUAAACAUUGUUUCGUACUCGGUGGACUACAAGUUCAUCCUAGCUUUGUUGGAGAGGUGGAGACCCGAGACCCACACAUUUCACCUUCCGAUUGGUGAGUGUACCGUCACACUUGAGGACGUGUACAUGCUGUUGGGCCUUCGUAUAGAUGGAAAGGCAGUCAAUGGGAAAGUUAACCAUGUCAACGACAUAUGCAAUGAAUUACUGGGUGCCCCUUUGUUAGACGACGAACCUGAGGGAGACACAUCCAGUCAAGCAAGGGGGCAAGGUAUAAAUUUAAAAUACCUUAGACAAUAUUAUAACAGUAUAGUACUGUCUGAAGAUUCAACCGAGUAUGAGAAGAUAAUAAAAGCUCAGUGUUAUAUUAUGAUUUUAUUUGGUAACUUUUUGUUUCCAGAAAGUACAGGUAAUUCUGUGAAUAUAAUGUAUUUACCUUUAUUACGCAACAUCAAUAAGGUAAACACUUAUAGUUGGGGUUCAGCUGUGUUGGCCCAUCUAUAUAGUGCAUUGUGUAAAAAUGCAAAAAAGAAUACCUGUACUUUUUUUUCAUGUGCUUAUUUGCUUCAAGCUUGGGGGUGGUCUAGGAUGCCGUCGCUCGCCCCAGAAAAUGAACGUCCAUUCGCGUUCCCCUUUGCAACCAAGUAA